GAAUUUAUCGUAUCAUUCAAUGGUUAUUUCAAGUCUCCAGCAAGAAAGAGAUUUAUUACGGCAGCUCUCCAUGAUGCAACCUUCUCCUGGACUAUAAUAGAGAGAAACAACCCAGCUAAGGAGUUCCCCAGUGAUUUUGAUAUAUUAAAGUUCAAGGGUAAUAGUAAGAAUGGUGUUGAAGCUUUGAAAGAUCAUCCUCUAGUCAAACGUGUUACUCCUCACAAGAUGGUGACCAGAACUCUUAAAUAUAUUAAAGAAAUGGGACCAGAAAUACCCUGUAAUGAAACAGAUAAAGAUUGGGAUCUGACAUUUCAUUCUUCAAGACCAUUAAAUAGAAAGAGUCUAUCACUGGGUACAGCAUAUUGGCACUCUCCCAACAGACAUAGAACUCGACAUUUGAUGAAAGCAGUUCCAAAACAGAUUGUAUCAUCUCUUCAAGCUGAAAUUUUAUGGAAUCUAGGAUUUACAGGUGCUGGAGUAAAGGUGGCCAUUUUUGAUACUGGACUGGCCGCAGAUCAUCCUCAUUUUAAAAAGGGAAGAAUAAAAGAUAGAUCCAAUUGGACGAAUGAAAAAACACUGGAUGAUGGGUUAGGUCAUGGUACGUUUGUAACUGGAGUUAUCAGUAGUUCAAGUGAAUGUCUAGGUUUUGCUCCUGAUGCUGAUAUCUAUGUUUUUAGAGUUUUCACCAAUAAUCAGGUAUCCUAUACAUCAUGGUUUCUAGAUGCUUUUAAUUAUGCUAUUCUGAAGAAGAUUAAUGUGUUGAAUUUGAGUAUAGGUGGACCUGAUUUUAUGGACCACCCCUUUGUUGAUAAGGUGUGGGAAUUAACAGCUAAUAAAGUUAUUAUGGUAUCAGCUAUUGGUAAUGAUGGACCACUCUAUGGGACAUUAAAUAACCCAGCAGAUCAGAUGGAUGUUAUAGGGGUUGGUGGUAUAAACUUUGAGAAUCAGAUUGCUAGGUUCUCUUCUCGUGGUAUGACUACUUGGGAACUACCUGCUGGUUACGGUCGUGUUAAACCAGAUAUUGUAACAUACGGUUCUGCAGUUAGAGGAUCAGCUUUAAAUGGAGGAUGUAGACAUCUAUCUGGUACUAGUGUCGCUUCACCAGUUGUAGCAGGGGUGGUAUCUCUUCUAGCAAGUGCUGUGAUAGACCGUGCUGACAUUUUGAAUCCAGCCAGUAUGAAGCAGGCAUUGAUGGCGUCAGCUCGUAGACUGUCUGAUGUGAAUAUGUUCGAACAAGGAUUUGGUAGACUUGAUUUACAGGGAGCUUAUCGUCAGUUGAAAACUUACAAACCUCAAGCCAGUUUAAGUCCCAACUAUAUAGAUCUGACAGAAUGUCCCUACAUGUGGCCGUACUGUACACAACCUAUUUAUUAUGGUGCCAUGCCUGUUAUAGUCAAUGUUACUAUAUUGAAUGGAAUGGGUGUGUCUGGAACCAUAGUGGACAAGCCCAAAUGGGAGCCAUACACUCCACAAAAUGGAAGAAACAUAGAAGUGUCCUUCUCCUACAGCCCAGUUUUAUGGCCCUGGUCAGGAUAUCUGGCUGUUUCAAUAUCAGUUACUAAGUCUGCUGCAUCAUGGGAAGGCAUUGCUCAAGGGCAGGUCACUCUCACCGUAGAAUCUCCUUCAGAGGAGGAAGAGGGUGAAACCAAGAAAUCAACUGUGACUUUAGAAAUUAAAGUGAAGAUCAUACCAACUCCUCCACGCAGUAAAAGGAUAUUAUGGGAUCAGUAUCAUAAUUUAAGAUAUCCUGCUGGUUAUUUUCCUAGAGAUAAUUUACGUAUGAAAAAUGACCCUUUAGACUGGAAUGGAGACCAUAUUCACACCAACUUUAAAGAUAUGUACCAACAUCUACGUAACAACGGUUAUUUUAUCGAGGUUUUAGGUUCCCCGUUUACUUGUUUUGAUUCUUCACAAUAUGGAACGUUAUUAAUGGUGGAUGGAGAAGAAGAAUAUUUCCCUGAAGAAGUAACAAAAUUAAAACGUGAUAUUGAUAAUGGUUUGUCUGUGAUAAUAUUUGCUGAUUGGUACAACGUAUCUGUUAUGAAAAAAGUUAAAUUUUACGAUGAAAACACGAGACAAUGGUGGAUGCCUGAUACAGGUGGCGCUAAUAUUCCUGCAAUAAAUGAUCUUCUUUCACCUCAUGGUAUGGCCUUUAGUGAUCAAGUAUUAGAAGGGGAUUUCAGUUUAGGAGAUCACGACAUGUAUUACGCCUCAGGAACAAGUAUUGCUAAAUUUCCUCAAGAUGGUAUUUUAAUCACCCAAACUCUUAAAAAUCAAGGAUAUGAGGUGUUGAAGUCAGAAACUCAGAUGGCUGAGAAUGUACCAAUACUAGGUCUUUAUCAAAAUAGGACCAAUAAAACCAGUGGUAGAAUAGUUCUAUAUGGUGAUUCUAACUGUCUAGAUACCAGCCAUCUACAAAAAGAUUGUUUUUGGUUGUUAAGUGCUAUGCUAGAGUAUACAGCCUACAAUAAUCUACCUACAGUAGUAAGAAAUGUAGAUAAAGUCAGUCUACCACCUGAUAUAGAAUUACCUGAGAGGAUGGAAGGCAACCAUCUUCAUCGUUACUCAAAGGUUAUUGAAGGUAAUUUAGGAACACCAAGGUCAAGGCCACUACCUCCUUGUCCACCAUUGAUAUGGGCCCAACCUCAUCCCAUUAAUAAAUCAGCUCCAAGCAAUCUAUAUCAGCAACCAAGAUUAAAAUCACUGCCAAUAGAGGUGCCAUUUUUACCAAAACAGCUACCUGAGCUGGUACUAAAACCAGACUUUCCGAUUGAACAGGAAUUAAAACCUCCAUCACUGCUUCAUGAAUCUUCAAACUUUUAUCCAGUGUUAGCGUUCAUAGGAACUGGACUAGUAGUGUUGUUUCUUCUUAAUCAAUAUUAUCAAAGCCGUUCUCGUCCAAAACGUAAACGAACGAAGCCUCGGGCUCGGAAACUCCAACAAUUUUUUUAUGGACGUGUUCCCGGGGUGUGA